UAUAACUGUAAUUCAUCUAUUUUUCAGAUCUACACUGUUGUCAAAUUAUUUUCUUGAGAAGUUAAAAUGCCUUGCUGGUAUUAUGAUAAACGUGAGCUUCGUCACACUCCCAGCAUCAAAGCAGGCCUCACUCUGGAGCUGGAAACCCAAUACCGCCGAGAAGGAGCUCGUUUCAUUUUACUGGUUGGCAACAAAAUGGGAUUGCGAUAUGAGACCAUGGCAACUGGAGUGGUGUUCUUCCACCGCUUCUACAUGGUACACAGCUUCCAGGAAUUUCCCAGACAUGUGACAGCUUGCUGCUGCCUUUUUUUGGCAGGAAAAGUUGAAGAAACGCCUAAGAAGUGCCGUGACAUCAUGAAGACUGCAAAAAAUCUCAUGAAAGAUGAUACCUGGGCAGAGUUUGGUGCUGAUCCUAGAGAAGAAGUCAUGACACUUGAGAGGAUUAUCUUGCAGACAAUCAAGUUUGAUUUCAUUGUUGAGCAUCCGUACACCUACCUCCUCAAGUAUGCCAAGUGCAUAGAAGGAGAUAAGAAAAAAUUACAGGACAUGGUUCAAAUGGCUUGGACAUUCGUUAAUGACAGUUUGUGCACGACGCUGUGCCUGCAGUGGGAGGCAGAGAUUAUUGCCAUAGCCCUCAUGUACUUGGCGGGCAAGCUGAGCAAGUUUGAAGUGACGGACUGGGUGGGCAGGAACCCUCGGCACACGCGCUGGUGGGAUAUGUUCACUCACGGCAUCACUACCGACCUUCUCGAGGACAUCUGCCACCAAGUGCUGGACUUGUACGCCCCCAAUAAAUCAGAAGCGGGCCGUGACGGUAAGCGUAGCCGUGCUUCUGCUGCGGUAGCCAAGCGUGCUGCCGCCGCUGGCGCCGGUGCUGCCAAGCAGGCGACUGUAGAGUCAGUGCCGCAGACUCCGCUGCAGGGCACUGCUGCUGCUACAGCAGCUGUAUCUUCAACACCUGCAGCAGCUGAGACUAGUGCAAGCAACAACAGUUUGGCAACGCCGGCCGCGACUCCCACGCUCCCUGUCCCCGUUAUCGGCGCAAGCGUUGCCCCCAUCCACGCUAAAGAUGACGUAGACAGCAGCAAUGUAGACGUGCCGCCUCCUCCGGUGGUGACGCCGGCGGGCACGCCAUCUUCUUCAUCCUACGGGCAGUACGGGGCACCUUACCCGUACUCGAAUUUCAACCCUUCUUAUCCCCCUCCUUCCACCACCACUCCCCGCUACUCGUACCCUGCCUACACUCCUUCUGCUCCACCUCCACCGCAAUCUGCUCCAAGUACUCCCCUGGCUCCUCCGCCCACUCAUUAUCCUCCACCGAUAAAUCCUUCUUCUCAAACGCCGCACUUCUCUCCCUACACGACGCCCAUCCGCACGCUCCCUCCCUACAGCGGGCACCCCGCGGCCCCUUCGUAUUCCGCCCCACCACCCACGUCUGCCCUUCCUCCCCAUUACAGUCAGACGCCCCCUAGCGCGCCCUAUUAUCCUCCCGCUAAUACCAACACCUCGUAUCUCUCUGGCCCUUCUCCAUACACCUCAAGGCAUUAUCCUUCGGGCUCUUAACCAUAUAGGCUGCACGCUGUGUUUGCCUGACUUCUGUUACAAUUCGAAAACCCAUGUGGCGAUAAUUCUUUUCCUGUAGUACGUGGUUGGUAGUACACGCUUCUGUCAAUAUCC